GACGGGGAGAGAUUUACACAUUUAACAAAGAAGAGACGGACAGAGAAGAAACCCAGAUAGAGUGAGAGUGAGAGAGAGAGGAGCAAAAGAUCAGAAGAGAAGCUGUAGCUGGAAAAUGUAGAUUGACACCUUGGAGAGAAGAGAAGCACGCAGAGGGACCAGCACUCAAGUAGAGUAGAGAGGAGAGUGUACAGGAGGAGGGGAGGAGAGACAGGCAGAACCAGCAAGGAGGGAGGGAGAGAGGGAGAAGUGUGUGGAGAGAGAGAGAGGUGUGUGGAGAGAAAGAGAGAGAGAGAGAGAAGUGUGUGGAGAGAGAGAGAGCAGUGUGUAGUGAGAGCAGUGUGUCGAGAGAGAGAGGGAGCGAGAGAGAGAGAGCAGUGUGUGGAGAGAAAGAGAGCGAGAGACGAAGGAGGGAGACACAGACCACUGUUAGAGGAGGGUGCCGGCUGUGCACGGUAACGGCUGCAGACAACACACGCAGAUAGAGAGACGGACUCCAGCGCUGCACACACACUCACACAAACCUGCAUAAAGAGUGUGUGAGACAUGCCAAGGCUGCUGCCCAUGGACACACACACACACAACCUGGCAGGGCAUCCGAGAGGACAUACAGACCCCUAUGUCUAAGGAGUCAUGGAGAGCAGCAUGUUUUUCGGUAAUGCAUGUCAAAAUGGCCUCCUGCCUACGCUGAUACGUCCUGCUCUGCCGACCGUCCAGCAUUCUCUGGGAAUGAAGCAGUUCCAGCUCCCGUUUCCCCUGGAUACGGCCUCAGCAGUCAGCCUUUUCCCCGGCUUCAGCACGAUGGACCCAGUUCAGAAAGCUGUUAUGCAUCACACGUUUGGAGUUCCUCCCUUGGCGAAGAGAAGACACGUCUCGUGCAGCGUGUGCCAACUGAGAUUCAACUCACAGUGAAUAUGGAUGGAAGCAGUAUUGCAGAUGAAGCAGUCCCAGCUCUAAACCUGAGUCAUCAUCAUGGUGUUUGGCUUCCUGGGUUGUGUUGGAGCUGUUGUGACAAGAGCCAAGCCUUAGCCCACUACAAAGGAACAAAACAUGCCAAGAAGCUGAAAUCUCUGGACGCUACCAAAUGUAAGCUCAAAGGUUCAGUGGUCACCAAGGAAACCACCAACCAGGAAGUUCCUAAGAGCAUCAACCCUCCAGCAAUGUGCUACGGCACUGACAGGAAAGAUGGCUUUCCAGGUGCAUCGCCACUACCACUAUCUCCUGUGCUCACACUGGCUCCAACCCUGGGAUCCCUGGCAUCAACCCUGGCACCCAUGACAUCAAUGUUACCACCUGUGGCACCUACGCUGGCAUCGAGUCCCAACUCAUCCACAGGGACAGAGACUACCUCAGCUACAGGAUGGGAUGACCGGGCCUCGCCCAAACCCAGCUCACCUUUAGAACCAGACAUGGAGGUGAAGCAAGAGGCUGAGACAGACGCUGAGACAGAGGAAGAGAAAGCCAGGCGUCUGCUCUACUGCUCGCUCUGCAAGAUGGCCGUCAACUCGGCAUCCCAACUGGAGGCUCAUAACAGCGGUACGAAGCACAAGACCAUGCUAGAGGCCAGGAGUGGUGUGGGCUCCAUCAAGUCCUUCCCCCGGCCAGGGGUCAAGAGUAACCUAGCUCCGCCCACCAAGGCAGUCACGGGCCUGCAGAACAAAACAUUUCACUGUGAGAUCUGCGAUGUGCACGUCAAUUCUGAGACACAGCUAAAACAGCACAUCAGCAGCAGACGUCACAAAGACCGAGCGGCAGGCAAACCGGCCAAACCCAAAUACAGUCCCUACAGUAAACCCCCGAAAGGCCCUGCCACACAACCAGUGAAGCUGACAGUGGGGAAGGAAUUGUGCCAACCUCAGAUAACCCAGAUAAUGCCCGCUCACCUGGCAGCAUUGGCAGCAGCCUUCCCUGGCCUCCGCUCCACCCACGCUCCCUCCCAUGGCCCCACCCUUUUUCAGACACAGACCCUCCCUGCUGCCCUGCUCCGCCCCGCCCCCGGGCCUGUCAGGACCUCCCAUACACAGUUACUGUUUGCCCCCUACUGACUCACAACCCCACCCUAGAGACUCUAUGGACUUCCCAUGACGGCCAUACCACGGAAGUUUAUCCCUCUAUACAUUAUCCCUCUAUACAUUUGGACCACAGGCCACCUUCACCAGAAUAUGGGGAUAAUAGGCACAGAGGAAUUGUUUAACCCAUACUGACAGUUAAACCCUACUGAGCUGGCCAGACCUCGCGUUAUGGAUUUCCCAAGGAACCCAUCAAUGACCCAGAAUUGAUCAGCGUCCCCUUCCCUCUGCUGUUCCCCCUACAUUCAGAGAAGAACCACACCGGAACGAAUAACGGCUAAAAUAAACAGAUGGCCGCGGUGUGUUAGCGAUCACCUGCUGGGUGUGAACGAUCCAACGUGUGGAAUCAUGGGGAAAUAAUAGCCGAUAAAUAAUAGCCGAUAUUCUGGUCAGAGGCGAUAGGACGGCCACCCAAGGCUUUUAACCGUUCGUCGUCCCGGUGUGUAUUCUCUGAAAACUACCAUCUUCACCAAAACAUGUGGACUACAGACAACCUGAAGCAUUACAUCUGGACUACUGCCCACUAUAUUCCAUUUGGAUUACUACUGCUCUACAGUAUUAACCUUGCAUCUCCUGUUCCACUGGACUACGGGCCAGUCUCAUCAUUACUGUAGGACCAACCCGUCGAAUCUACUCGCCCAUCUUCACUGAGUCAUUGACUCAUCACAAUUCCCUCCUAUAGUAGCUAGUAUUUAGUAGUACCCACACAGCCACCCACGUUCCUGUGCCAUUUUCUUACCCAUGAAUCAUACCCAAGGACAGGACUUGGAGUUAUAUUGUACUGCAAUAAUGUAUAAGACAAACCAGUGAACUAUGCAGUGUCAAUUCUGUCUAAUGCAAGGCACAGUUUGAGCUAUAAAUGUGCUAUAGGGAUAUCAUGUUUGUAAAGACAGUGUCGUACUAAGAUCAUUGCUUCAGUGGAGGUAGCUAUCACUCAUGUUUGUAAAAAAGACUGGUAAGGAUCUCCUCUUUUGCUAUUUGCACUUUAAGUCCCCUCUCUGUUGACGUCUGCAGUGCAUUAGAUGGCUAGAGUAUGUGUUGUAGUUUCUCUUGCAUUACGUGUCUGUGUCUGUUAGUGUGUAAGUGUUUGUUUCUUUGUGUGUGUGCGUAUGUGUGUGGGUGUAUAUGGGCGUUUGUGUGUGACCUUGCCCUCCACCUUAAAGCCAUCCCAGCUGACACCUAAUAACCAUUCUGAAUGACCACGUCAUGGGCUCAAGGGACCACUAAGGCUUGUGUAUAAUAUCUGUUAAUGUGUAAAAGAUGAACAAUUUCAAAUAAAAGAGUCUUACUUUGUUAA